UUUUACGUCAGAUCAAGAUUAUUUUUCUAGAUGAGUAUACGUACAAUCUUGAGUGAUUAUUUAUAGGAGGCGAAUCGAAAGUAAAAGCGAUAAGGGAAUAAUAAGCGGUUUUAUCAGUUUCGAAGGACGAAGGUGUUGCUAUAAAUAAGCUUCUUUGAAAGAUUACCUUACAUUUGGAACUACCGUCGAGGAAAAGCAUAAAACAUGUCUCGUGUUAUGGUUCUUCUCUUAUUCGUCGUCGUUGUUUACGUCAGCUCGAUCAACGCUGGCAUAAUCUGUCCACCUAACCAGGUGUUCAAACUUUGCGGUACUGCGUGCGAGCCUCGAUGUGGAAUACCCCAACAACCAAACUGUAUCAGCAAAUGCGUGACGGAUUGUCAAUGCAUAGACGGAUACUUGAAGAAUUCGCUGAACGAAUGCGUGUUGCCGGACGAAUGUUGAGGUUUACGCGUCGUAUAAUUUAUUGAUUUAUUAAAUUAUUGCCUGGCAGCGAAAAAGAAGUCGUGUAACUUUCCACGAGAGAAAAUAAACGAUCGCCUUUCUCGAUAA